ACGAGGCAGACUGAAACUACCCAUGCCGCCGAAGCUUCCUCCCAGAUGCAGCAGUGCUCCUCCGAAAAGAUGGCCAGCGCCUGAGCCGAUGAUCGCCCAAGCAAACCCCGGUCAACGGAGUCAUGACACAUGGGCAGUUGACCGACUCUCUAAAGACUGAUAGGCUGUCGUCGACUGAUUCGUGUUUCCAUGUCUUUGAGGUCUUUCUAGCUUUUGCUGGUGGGUUUCAUGCAUCAGUGAGGGUGUUCUCUUCAACCCUCCAGCUACCUUUUGCGAUUAUGCAGUUGCGAGUACACGUACUCCGUACGGAUGUGUACACCAAGCGAGCUAGGCAGGUAUUCUUCGCCAUCCCAGGCAAGCAAGACAACUCGCGUCAGCUUUGGGCUUGGGGCCCGAGCUGCCGACCGAAGGGCACGACAUCCAUCUAUGUACUAUCGAUUCGGUACUUGGCUAUACGGAUACCUUGGUGUCUAUAUCUGAGAGUGUGCUCGAAUGGGAUGAAGCAACAAUGUUUCAUGGGGUCCACUCUGGCUAUCCCAGACUCCCAGUCCACUGUUAGUAUUAGCACCGGAAGCUAUCCGUAUCUCUGUCUGCACAUCUCAGUUUGGCCGCGAUAAGCCAGGGUUUAUCUGCACUAAGACGCACCUUGUUUCUGAAGCUCAGCUAUAGCUUGUCGGCAUCAGGCUCGCAUUUUGGAACAUGUCACUGCAGAUAUCCGCAAUGGCAGAGUUAAGUUCUCUGGCAGUCAGGUAGUAAAGAAUGUGAGGAUCUUAUCAAGGCUUCAUCAAGGUAAAUAAGAUCAUCAUGCCGCCUUGCAUGUGAAGCUGAUGACCAUGAAAGUGAAAUGUAGC